AUGAAGCUACUGUUACUUUUUAUCAACAUUUUACUUUUUAUAUCUUUAUCUGAGAAUUCCAUACUUGGAGCAACUUGUGGGAUACAAACUGUUCCAAAACAUCACCACCGUGUCCGCCGUAUAAUUGGAGGGAUUGAUGCACAGCCAGGAAGUUGGCCAUGGGUAGUCAACAUUCAGAUGCCAACCAAAAAUGGCUAUGUAACUGUUUGUGGUGGAACAAUCCUGGACAAUCUCUGGGUUCUGACUGCAGCUCAUUGCCUUUAUAAACUCCAGAGCUACACCAAUUUAGCAAGAAUUGUGUUAGGAGCAAAUAGAGCGUCAGAACUGGGACCAGAUACCCAAAUCCGAGCAAUAGAAGAAUUUAUCCGACAUGAACAUUUUGAGUAUGAAACCAAGAAAAACGACAUUGCCUUGAUCCGUUUAAAUAAACCAAUUGAGUUCAAUGACUACAUACAGCCGGGCUGUUUACCGCCACAAUCUUCUAAUGUAUCUGAGAUGGAUGACUGCCACAUUGUAGGAUGGGGUGUUCUGCAGGAAGAACACUACACACUACCAUCAAAAACCUUGAAGGAAGCCCGAGUGGAAAUAAUCAAUGGCAAGCUCUGCAAUGACAGCAACUGGUACAAUGGAACUAUAUACGACUACAAUAUAUGUGCAGGCUACGAGCAAGGAGGCAGUGAUAUCUGUCAGGGUGACAGUGGUGGACCUUUAAUGUGCAAAAAGGAAAGAGCUGCUCUCUAUUAUGUAUUUGGAGUAGUAAGCUGGGGAGGAAUCUGUGGCAAAUGGCAUCAAAAUGGGGUUUAUACCUCUGUCCAGCAUUUUGAACAGUGGAUCCUAAAUAAAAUCAACAGUUCGCAAGAUACAACAGAUGAUAAUAAGGAGGAAACCUCUGAAGAAACUACUAAAAGCCACAACAAAGAUACGGAAUCCAAACUUGCGAAAAUUAAUGACAUACUUAGUGAUGAGAACACAGAAUACAAAACAAAUCGAAGGAAAUCUGUGCUUAAAAUACGUGCUGCACGUGGUAAAUUUAAUAACAUGGAAACCUCGUCUAGGAAAAUAACCACUGGAACGAUGCAGCAGGAAAACACACAUUCUGGUUGGCUGGCCAGUCAUGCACCUUCUCAACUAGUGUUUCAAGUGAAGGCUUAUAUUCUGCUCAUUGCUUGUCUCGUCCUUAUGUUCCUGUGCUUAUAACUGAUAUGUUGGAAACCAAAUUCUGUUGGUACUUUGUACAUCUAACCUGCAGUGACUCCAGCAGUGACUGUCCAAUGCCAUCUACCCACUCCCCCCAAGAAUUAUAUUUUCCUAAUAGUCCCAAGCCCGCCCCUGGGUUUGUAAGGCUAGCCUGAUUAAAAUGUAAUACUAUGUUAGCCAAUCAAAAUACUAAAACUCUAAA